AUGUCCCAGCAGACAGUGAACGGGGUCCCGUCCCGGGGCAAGGUGCUGACUUUGGACAACAUGAACCCCAAUGUGAAGCGGGUCGAGUACGCGGUCCGAGGUCCCAUAGUGCAGCGGGCGGUGCAGAUAGAGAAAGAGCUGAAGGAGGGGGUCAAGAAACCUUUCGCAGAAGUCAUAAAGGCUAACAUAGGAGACGCCCAUGCUAUGGGUCAGAAACCAAUCACAUUUCUCAGACAGGUCUUGGCUCUGUGUUCUUACCCUGAACUCCUAGAAGACAACAAGUUUCCAGAGGACGCCAAGAAAAGGGCGAGGCGUAUUCUCCAGGCCUGCGGGGGCCACAGUAUAGGGGCCUACAGCGCGAGCCAGGGCAUUGAGUGCGUCCGUCAGGAUGUGGCACGCUACAUUGAGAAGAGAGAUGGUGGAAUCUCCUCAAACCCUGACAACAUCUACCUCUCCACCGGGGCCAGUGAUGCCAUUGUGACUAUGCUGAAGUUGCUGGUGUGUGGCGAGGGUCGUGAUCGCACAGGAGUGAUGAUCUCCAUCCCCCAGUACCCUCUCUACUCGGCGGCCCUGGCAGACCUGGGUGCCGUGCAGGUCAGCUACUACCUGGACGAGGACAAGUGUUGGAGUCUGGAUGUUGCAGAGCUCAGGAGAUCCCUCAAUGCAGCCAGGCAGCACUGCAACCCCCGUGUCCUCUGCAUCAUCAACCCUGGAAACCCCACCGGUCAGGUCCAGAGCAGACAGUGCAUUGAAGAUGUGAUCCGAUUUGCUAAAGAGGAGCAUCUCUUCCUCAUGGCUGAUGAAGUCUACCAGGAUAAUGUCUAUGCAGAGGGCUGUAAGUUUCACUCCUUUAAGAAGGUGUUGUUUGAGAUGGGACCAGAGUACUCCAGCACAGUGGAGAUGGCAUCCUUCCACUCUACCUCCAAAUGCUACAUGGGAGAGUGUGGAUUCCGUGGCGGCUACAUGGAGAUCAUUAACAUGGACCCUGAGGUGAAGGCACAACUCACCAAACUGGUGUCGGUGCGUCUGUGUCCCCCCGUCCCCGGACAGGCUCUUUUGGACCUGGUGGUCAACCCUCCGCAGCCCGACGAGCCCUCCUAUACCACAUUUAUGAAGGAGCGGACAGCGGUGUUAGCAGAUUUAGCAGAGAAGGCCAGACUCACGGAGCAGAUCUUCAACAAAGUACCCGGUAUCACCUGUAACCCGGUGCAGGGGGCCAUGUACACUUUCCCCCGCAUCAGUCUACCUCAGAAGGCCAUCGACAAGGCAAAGGAGGAAGGCCAGGUCCCAGACAUGUUCUACUGCAUGAAGCUGCUGGAAGAGGAGGGUAUCUGCCUGGUGCCAGGAAGUGGCUUUGGUCAGAGAGAGGGAACCUUCCACUUCAGAAUGACCAUCUUGCCUCCCACUGAGAAGCUGAAGGUUGUGCUGCACAAGAUCUCGGAGUUCCACCUGCGGUUCACACAAGAGUUUUCAUAAUGACCUCGCCACCUUUCAGCUACAUCUCAAGAACCAACUCAUUCAGUGCCAGUAUUCUCAAGUGCCUUUGUGUGAAGGAAGCAGCAGUCUUAACGCCACUGCCUCCAGCAUUCAUGCUAGAUCAGAUUCUUAAAUUCAGAUUUUUUAAAGAGAUUUGUUUUUUCCUCAAUGAAGAAACUUUAACAUUUCCUUUAGACAGUAUGUGAAAGCUAGUCAUAGUGCCUGCUCAUGUGUACGUAGAGCAUGUGAAGAUAUGAUUUCAGUACAUGAUGCACUUUCCCACAGUAUUGCCGGGCCAGGUUUGUUCAUGUGGUUUGUAAUGUUCAAAAAUAGGUUGUAAGGCUGAUUGUAGGUUUUUAUCCAUAGAGUUCAAGAUAUUUCAGAUGCUGCUACAGGGGCAUCUCUCUCCUGCCAGACUUUUUUUCAAAUCAAUUCAAAAUAUCAAUUUAACAUGUUAGGUACUUGAUUCAUCGACUGGCCAUAGAGCCAUUUGUAUUACUAAUGUUUAAAUUGUUCUUAAAUGUGAUUAAAAACACUUGAAUUUCUAAAA